GUCUCAAACAUAUCACCACCUUUCUUGAUAUCACAAAAACAAGCCCGUAAGUAAUCAACAUACGUAAUAUAUUCAUCAUUUGCUCAUUGAAAUGCCGUUUGGAGAUGGGAUCCUUCAAGAAUUGCCAGAUGCCAAAGAUGGGAUUCUGCAAGAAAUGCCGGUGGGGUGGCGGUUUGCACCGACCGACGAGGAGCUAAUCGUCUCUUAUUUGACCAAGAAAGUGUUUGUAGGGUCUUUACCAGCUCGGGUUAUAGAGGAGAUCGAUGCAGAUGAGUUUUACAACAAACGUCCUAAGGAUCUUGUGGAGAACCUUUCGGGCGAAAGGGAGUGGUACUUCUUCAUUAAUGGCGAUCAAUACUUCCAUGGAAAAAUGGAAAAAGAUCGAAAGGUUGCAGACGGGAUAGGGUACUGGAAAUCUAUUGGAAAAGAAAAUCCAAUCCGCGAUGCUGAGGGAAAUGCUUUUGCGUUCAAGAUACUGUAUACGUAUUUUUCAGCAAACCCUACACAGAAGAACUCUAAACAGAAGAGAACACAUUGGAGAAUGGAAGAAUUCCGAUUACUAAGGCGAAGCACAAAGAAUGAAGAGAAUUUUCAUAUGGAGGAGUGGGUAGUGGCAAGAAUCACACGAGGAGAAGAUUACAACGAAAGCAGGUUUUAUUGACUUUUUUUUCCCCCUAAAUAGAUGAUUCUCUCAUUUAAUUAUGAAGAGGUAGUACGAUGUUAAUAAUGUUGAUUUUCUUGAUUCUCUUAUUUAUGAUCAAGAGGCAGCAUAAACACAUGUUAAUAAUGUAUUCAUUUUCCUAUUCUUGUAAUUAAUAGAUAAAUACAGGAAAAUGUCUAUAACUCUUUUAUUUUUUUAAUAAAUCUAUGUCAAGGUGGGGCAUUUUUUGGGUCCCCACCCUUCUCAAUAAACUUCAAAACUCAA